CUGAACUAAAGAUGUUGUUAAGAAAUCUUGUAAUUGCUUCAGUGGCUGUUGUCUUGUUGGCGUCCACUAUGUCAGCUGCUCCCGUUGAAGAUAAGGAGCCGGAGGAGAAUGACUUUGAGGCAGAAGAGGGUGAAGAAGAACUGUCUGAGGAGGAAGAGGAUGACGAUGACUCCAAAGGUCAGCAUAUGAAGGGAGUUGGAUCACAGCAGGCGACUGCAGCACCCAAAGACUUGGGUGGUAUGACUCCUUUACCUGGCAGCUCUGUUGUGGGCGAAUCUCCAAAUGGAAGUAACGGUAGAGACGGGUAUUCUCACCCACCUGGCUCAAGUUCUCAUCAUGACGCAAGUCAAAAUGGACAAGAUGUGUCCAAAUCAGAGAUAGUUUCUCUAGGUGUAGCUGGAGGCGCGGGUGCUAAUGGAGGUUCAGGAUCUAAAGUCCUUGUGUCUUCAGGUCAAGGGUCAUCAGGCCACAUAUCAGCAGGUCAUGUGUCAUCAAGCCACACGUUUGGCCGACCUUCAUCAGGACAGACGUCAGGUGGUGUGGGUGUAGUUUCCUCAGAGGCCCAAUCACAGCCAGCAGGUUCAGAGGGAUUAUCUGCACAUACAGAUGGCUCGCAGUAUGAAAAUGAAAUCCCAGAGACAGAAUCUAAUGGUAAUGGACACAAACAGCUGAUGAAUGGAGGAGAUCCAGGAUUCACAGGCAUAAUAGACCAGUCAAGUCACGACUUUCUUGUUGGCUUAUUGGGUGGAAUGGGUGACAGCUUUGGUCCAGACACUCAGACAGAUGGGUUAGGUACGCUAUUAGACCUAUUAGACACACCCCCAGAAGUUCUGCCCACAUGCCUAGUAACUGACGCUGUCUCAACAGAUCAUAUGGGACUCGCAUUUCAUGUGGAUUCCACAGCGCUUGGUUUGGGUCCAGGGCACCCGUCCAGUGGCGAUUUGGUUCUAGAUACUCCGCCAGACUCGCCAGGACCAGAUCACCCGUCUUUAGAUAAUGGAAAUGGUGCUUUCACGCACUCUAUCAGCAUAUCUGACAAUGGUGUGCAGUCAAGCUCACCAGUAGAUACAACAGAUUCAUUAUUCUUGGAUACGAUGACACAUCCGGAUCAUUCCUUCAUAGACUAUUCAGAUGGUGGGCUGGGUAAUGGUGCAGACUCACCUGAUAUGAAUGUAAACGGUCGUCACAAACCAGUGGCAGAUGUUCAGAAAGGUGACCCUCCUGGCUCCACCAUUCUUGAAAUGAGCGGAACAGGCCAUCAGGUUGUUGCUACGGAGACGCAUCACACAGCUGGUGACCAGCAUGCUGCCAGCUCACAUGUAGUUAGCACCCUUGAUAUAAAUGACCAUACCCUCAGCCCAUAUGCUGACACAACUGGCCUUGACAGUGUCACAGGUGCGAUCGCACAGACAGAUAUGGCAGGUGCAGCAGGUGAACUGGUGACCGAUGGAAACACAAAGACAGACAUGUCAGGACAUAGACAAUUAGGUGUCACUGCUGGAAUGCCAAAUUAUACAGACUCUGUGCAUGCGACUGGGACUGAAUUUACAGAUGCUUCACAGACACAAAGCAGCAUGGUUCAAACAGACUUACCAGUCACGGGGGAUCCAUUUGCAGUUUCCUCACAGACAGAUGCCACUGGCACAGGUGGGUGACAUACUAACAAAAAGACCAACUUUGUACAAAUCUGCUCUUUUUCUUUUUUCUUUUCUUUUUUUAUGUGUUUUACUUUUUCUAGCUACAGCUGAACCUCAAGGGACUCUCGGGGGUCCAAGUAAGUUCAUAACAAAUCUGAAUAUAUUUUUUAUAUUUGUAUUUCUUUGUUCAGGAGGUAAUAUAGAAGUAAGCUAUUUUUACAUAACCAAAACACAGCGAUGUAUUUAAAUCAUAUUAUAAAGUGGUUAGUCAAGGCUGAUUUUUACUACUGCGUCGAACUUAUGCCUGCUUAACUUGCAAAGAUGCACUACAAUGGAAGUACAAUAUAUCUAAACAAACAAAUAAUUACAUUUUAAGGUUACUAAUAAUUACAAGGUAUUGGUGCUGUUAAAUGGUUUGUUCUUUUCUAACAGGCCAACCUGGUGCUACAGAACAGACACAGCCAGCUGGUAAGCUUCAUUAGAGUUCACACACUUUCACUUAAACCACAAAUAUAACUGGUUAUACACCGAUCAGCCACAACAUUAAAACCACCUGCCUAAUAUUGUUUAGGUCCCAUUCGUGCCGCCAAAACAGCACCA